AUGCGUAAACUUGGCCGACAACACGAUGAUAAACUAAACAUCAUUCGAUCAAUGGCAACAAACAAUGGUUUUUGGAGUGAAGAAGUUAUGAUUCCCAUAUCGGCACGGACAGAUAGUGCUUAUCCAAAUCAAGCCCAGCAGUAUCAUCGUAUUGAAAUGAUCAUCUCUCAGAACUGCAAUACACCAAACAUCGAAUAUCGAUCACAAGGAACAGUUUUAACGGUGCACACACAAAAGGCACUGGCGAAGGAUGGAAUCAUCCGAACAACGGAAUAUGUUUUGACACAUCAGAAUCUUGAUGCGCAAAAUGAAGUUGUCACUGAUUUUAUCAAAGAUGGUGAUCUCCUUCCCAAGACGAACGUUUUGGGCACCGGAUCCGAACAGAACCGAAAGGAAAGCAGCCCAUUUCUGGCUCAUUCCGAGCAGUUCUCACCAUAUUCAGAGAGUUGCCGACAGAAAGCCAUAGGAAUGUUGAACGGGUGUUCCAGAACGGAAUGCCCUGUAACUGGAUCCUUCAUAUUCCCAAUUCUUCCCUUGACCGGUUUCCCUACAUAUCUCCACGGAAAACAGUAA